UUUCAGGUUUUUCGAUUGAAUUUCUUUUCUAUCCUUUCCCCCAUUCCAAAACCCUCGGGUUUCAACCGUCGCCUAGGGUUUCACUCUGCUUUUCCUCACUGGGCACUCAGAUCCAAUACCGGAGGAGCAAGACGAAUCCUUGAGCAUGGUAGGACUCGAAGUCGGAUCGGUUCCAUUCAACCCCGACGGAUGGGGCCCACCCGAUUACACCAGCGCUACCACAACCGUCGCCGCUGGCAACAUCAACCACCACCUCCCUCUGAAUGUCCCCUUCGCCCCCUUCUCCCGCUCCGACAAACUUGGCCGGAUCGCUGACUGGACCCGAAACUACAACAACCCGGCCCGCUCAAAGAACCCUUCUGACUCCGUCUUCGACUUUUCGAAUGACGAUUCAUUCCCCGCUUCUGCCGAUGAUGACUCCUCAUUCCGCCUCGUGGACGGAAAACCGCCCCCGAAGCCGAGAUUUGGCCCUAAAUGGCGGUUCCAGCCUCAGCGCCAGCUCCCUCAGCGGCGAGACGAAGAGGUCGAAGCCCGCAAGCGCGAGGCCGAGAAGGAGCGCGCCCGCCGCGACCGUCUCUACCACCUCAACCGUUCGAACAACUCGCAGCGCCGCGAGGCCGCCGUGUUCAAGUCCUCCGUGGACAUUCAACCCGAGUGGAACAUGCUAGAUCAGAUCCCCUUCUCCACUUUCUCCAAGCUCUCCUUCUCCGUUCCUGAACCGGAGGACCUCCUUCUCUGCGGCGCGCUCGAGUUCUACGACCGUUCCUACGAUCGCAUCACUCCGAAAAACGAGCGUCGCCUCGAGCGCUUCAAGAACCGCAAUUUCUUUAAGGUUACAACCACAGAUGAUCCGGUCAUCCGCCGCCUCGCUAACGAGGACAAGGCAACGGUCUUCGCCACCGAUGCAAUCCUCUCCACGCUUAUGUGCUCGCCGAGGUCGGUUUACUCGUGGGACAUUGUUGUUCAGAGGGUUGGAAACAAGCUGUUCUUCGAUAAGAGGGACGGCUCGCAGCUCGAUUUGCUUUCGGUGCACGAGACCUCACAGGAGCCAUUGCCGGAGGCCAAGGACGAUAUCAACUCCGCGCACUCGCUCGGUCUCGAGGCCGCGUACAUCAACCAGAAUUUCUCUCAGCAGGUUCUGAUAAGGGAUGGGAACAAGGUGACCUUUGACGAGUCCAACCCCUUCGCAAACGAAGGCGAAGAGGUCGCUUCCGUGGCGUACAGAUAUAGGCGGUGGAAGCUCGACAACGAUAUGUACUUGGUGGCGCGGUGUGAGGUCCAGAGUGUGUUUGAGGUGAACAAGCAGAGGUCCUUCCUCACCCUGAAUGCGCUCAAUGAGUUUGAUCCUAAAUACUCUGGUGUUGAUUGGAGGCAGAAGCUUGAGACUCAAAGAGGUGCUGUAUUGGCCACCGAGCUGAAGAACAAUGCGAACAAGUUGGCGAAAUGGACUUCUCAAGCUCUGCUAGCUGGCGCGGAUCUGAUGAAAUUGGGGUAUGUCUCGCGGGUUCAUCCUCGUGAUCAUUUUAACCAUGUGAUAUUGGCGGUUGUUGGGUACAAGCCGAGGGAGUUUGCGGGGCAGAUUAAUUUGAACACUUUGAAUAUGUGGGGGAUUGUGAAGUCCAUUGUUGACCUGUGCAUGAAAUUGAACGAGGGCAAGUAUGUGCUUGUGAAGGACCCGUCUAAGCCGCAGGUUAGGAUCUAUGAGGUGCCACCAGAUGCGUUCGAGAAUGAUUAUGUAGAGGAACCGCUGCCAGAGGACGAGCAGGUUCAGCCUCCCGUAGAGGAUGCUGAUGCUGGCGAGGCAAAUAAUGCUACAAAUGAUGUGGAAGUUAAGGAGGUUGAUGCUCAAGCUUAAAUAAAGAUCAAUACCAUCUGCUGAGGAAGAAGCGAUUGGCACUGACAUUGCUGGCAGUGAAACAGAUAUGUACACAUGGUACUCUUUUUUUACCCCCUUGUGUUUUGCAAACCGUUGCAAUUUAGUAGAAAGACGCGACCUUUUUAUAGCUUGCAUUUUUGGAAAACUCUGUUGAUCCUUAAUUACUUGCAGUUUGAAGGAUUGUGUGUGGGUCUAGAAAUAAAAAUCGCACCAUUGGUUUGUUCA